AUGCAUUGCCAUCAUCUCCCUUCGGCUCCCGAGCACGCGUCGGCCACAACUCCGAGAGUCCAGCCUGACUGCAAACCUGGAGAACUACGAGAGGUCUUGCUGGGAGUACCGGGAGAGCACCCUCGGGUCAUUUAUUUGGGGCUAUUGUCUCAGUCCUCUUCCAACUCGUUGAGCCUUCAUCUCAGCCUCCUCACUAAGAACCGCCAAACUUGCACUACUACGACUUCACCAAAGGUCGCUUUGAUUACCGGCGCCUCCAGAGGCGUCGGCGCAGCAAUUGCCCGAUGCCUGGCCGAGGAGGGCAUGAACAUCGUUAUCAAUUACAAUUCCGAUCCAGCUGCGGCGGAACGAGUACUGCAGGAGAUGAGAGCUUCGAAUCAAGCCAAGGGACCUGGUGCAAAUGUCUCUCACUAUGCAGCAAUCCAGGCGAAUCUAGCCGACCGAAGCGGCAUUCAGCAGCUCGUGCAGCAAACCAUUCAGGCAAUGGGCCGGUUAGACGUGGUAGUUUCCAAUGUCGGCUGGACGCGAAUGACCAAUUUUAUGACUCUGGACCAUGUGAGGUUCGCUGGCAGCUCACCACGUGACAAAUUGUAA